UUUCUGGGACAUACAAAAGUGUUAAAUUAACAUUUUACUUCUUACUGUGUAUGCAUUAAUUAUCUGAAAUUUAAUUUUGAUUUGAUAGAUUUUGUAUAGAGUUAAUUCGUUCCCGAUGGAAAAUUGGGAAAGAAUUAACUCCAUUCAAAAUCUAUCGAAUCAAAAUUAAGUUCCAGAUAAUUAAUGCAUAUGAACAAACAAAUUCCAAAAGUAAACUCAUCACAAAUUUUGUUCUUAAAAAAUAUAAAAUUUCUUUGCUCUUUUUUUCAUACACAGAAUAAUAUAAGCAAAUUCUUGCGAAUGAGCUGCAAUUUGUGGCGUACCAUCAUCACAUACGUAGAGGACAGGGUUGGUCGAUGAAAAUAAAUGAUUUGUACGCAAAGUACGUGUGCAUACGAAACGAAUGACGUAAAACAAAUAGUAUAAAUCGGAUCAAGAGAGCGUAGUCUCACCAUUCGGAGUGACCUAUGUAAGUCUCAACGGUUAAAUAUGUCACAUAUCGACUUAAGACGGGGGUCGUGUCGUAACUUACAGGCAUGGAUCGCACAUAGUAAAGAAUCCUUCAUUAUUUAGUCCUUACUUUGGUACGGUGUUCGGUGCGGAUAGUUAAUGAUAUGUACGCGCAGGCCCCCUCGGAAAUUAAGUCAAAAUUAGGUCAGCUCUUGUUGCCGAGGCAGCUUUUGACUUAAUGGCAGUCAUACGAGCCUUGGUAGAAAUUUUCUACAUUUUUUUUUAGCACUGGACGUCGUGUUACUUUAUUACAGUAACUGAGAAGUAAAAUUAAGAUGUAACGCUUUAUCUGCUAGUUAAUGUGCUCAAAAGGUCUCAUGCGCAAAAUCUGAUGCCAUUUACCAAAUAAAAACAGAAUAACAAAUAGAUUAUUCAAUUUAUAAGCAAACCUGAAAGCGUAUCUAUUGAUGUUAAAAGUUUUACGCAUUUUAGUGAAUUACGACACUGAUAACUUGCACAAUACGAAUUAUAUUUAGAGAAGAGUUUAUAUGGUAUAAUUAACAUAGAUUAUUAAAAUUACAUCUGCAAAAUCUAAAUUUGAAUUUAUUGGAUAAAAACGGGACAAAUGGACUAAUAUCAAUCGAUUAAUAAGUGAUUAGUGAGCUUGAAAGUCUGUCUAUUAAUAGAAAAUAACUGAACAGGUGUCCACUAUAUUUUUAGAAAACUACUUCAGCCACUGAAUAAAAUUCUGUGAAGGCCUUGUCCAUUUCCUACGUAGUAUCGUUGCAACUAAUGAACUGCAGUAUGACUACGGUAAUACUAAACAGUACCUGGAUGAAAGUUCAGAAAAACUGCAUACAUUUCUACCAGGGAGAUACUUUAAUUUAUUAUUUAAAAUGCAAAACCUAUUUUCUGAGGCUCAACUUAUCGGCAAAUGAAAUAAAAUAAAAUAAAGUACAUGUUUUAAUUUAAAAUUGAAAAACGUGGAAAAGUGAAAAGUUACGAAUUUGAUUGAUAUGAAUUAUGAUAUAUUUCGAUUACCACGUAGCUGGGGGUAGCAAAACAAUUCGAAUAAAGAGAGCUGCGAUUAAACUUUGAGAUUCUUCUGUCAUUCAGGCAACCGAUUUUAUUGAUUAGCGACAGCGAAGCCUAAUUGUUUUUCGGGAGAAAAAGGCAGGACGUAGCAAUUACCAAGUUCGAACGACGAUCCAACUUUUGCUACAUAUAUAUAUUCAUCGAUUUCUAUAUAAAACCGACUGUAAGUCAAUUACGAGUUGGCGAUGUAAUAUUAAUAUACUGCAUCCACGUGCGAGAGACAAGAUAAUCUAAUUGCGUCAUAACACAAACGUUUAAAUUGAUUUCGUCAGCAGAAGUCAUCAUGACACGUUUCGGUAUCUUCAUUCCGGUGCUGUGGUCGCUGAUGACGUGCUCUCUCGGAUUCACGAUGGAUCGUUCGGGUACCGAUUGCUCUUCAUCACUUUCAUUUCCUCGUUUGAUCAAUUAUGACAUUUAUGACUGUAAUUGAUGACAAAAAGAAAGGCAAGACGUAAUUAAUCACGAGUCAAGUUAGCUUAGCUUCCGGCUUUUAGCAUCGUUCCUAAAGGAUCGCCGUUUUAGAUCAUCGCGGCUAUUAUAAUAUUUUUUUGCUCUCUUUUUUUUUUCUCCGCGAAGAGUGUCCAACACACAGAUUCAUAAUGCAUGCGUCUCUCAAAUAAGUCUUUCUGGAGAAGUUGUUGUUACACAUUAUUGAUUAAUGAUUUAUGGCGUACUGCAAUAUAGUAGCGUUUGUGCCACCUGCGUGGGACACCGCACCGUCCUUGGACACUUAUCAAAGAGUCGUCUCUGCGUCGAAGGACAAGAUGCAGGUGCCGGGCGUGGACAGGAUCUUGCUAGCUGAGAAUGCAAAAAUGUCGGAAAAUCACACACACGAGAGGAGAUCGACAACCGAGAAUGUCGAGAUGAAGCUGGUCGAGAUGAAACCUAUUGAUGGAAUAAAAUUGACAAUGAUGAAUGACACUCGCGAUUCUACUAAAGAAAACGCUAAUGCUAUUGUUACUCCUCGAAAUGUCAUUUUGCUCCUGAUUGAUGAGAGGGGCCAGGAUGAGAAAAAGGAAGAGAAUUCAUGGAAGGAUUAUAAAGAAAAUCUGCACUUCGCUAUUGAAGGAUUUCUUCAAAGUUGUCGCGAUAACAUCAGGAGCGCUAAUUUUUCCAUGAACAAUACUUCGGUCUCUGAAAGGAAGGAAAAAAAUUGCGAUUGCGAGCGUGUCCUUCGCUCCAACAUCGGAGAGUUAUUAUCAUGGGCGAGACAGGAGAGAGGAAUGACAACGGGAGAAGUUUCCGGCAGCAACUUCUCGAUGCCGUUCUUUCCCAAACAUGAAUCCAGCGGAUCCAAUAAAACCAAUACGAAAUUAGAACUACUUAAAAGCAAACGUGAUUUGAAUAACGGUUUGCAAGUGAUUGAUCUUAGUGACCGAGCUGUUUUCCCUUCGAUUACGGUAGAACCUACAAUAGGAGAAGAGAUGAAUUACGAUGUCGCAUCGGACAUCUUCGACAUGUUCUCCAAAAUAAGAAUGGCUCUUUUCCGUUCUCUGCUCGAAUUGUUGCAUAUGAACAACAGAACGAACAAUGAAUUCUUACCGCGCGCACCGCUCGCUCAUAAACCAAGUGCGAAAUUAAUUAGAAACACCAUCAUGGAGAUGACAUCUAUUUCAAACGAUAAAGGUUACAUGUUAAUCGCUGUGGUGCCGAGAAGUGAGGGAAUUGCCGCCGUCGAUCUUCUUCAACACGAAGUUUCCCUGACAAAUACUCUCCUAAUCGUGACGCAAAUCUGUGUUGGAAAUCAGACCUCUAUUCCAUUUGUCGCACAAGGACCGAAUUAUGAAAUUCUUCGGGAGGCAAGAGUUAUUGAUGAGCUUCCAAAUGCAAUAAAGAAAGCAAUAAUCACGAACGAUUGCCAUGAUACCGGAUGCAUGAACCAACAGAGGCGCGCAGUUCCGAUUGUGCCGCAUGUGCCAAUUGGCAAGAUCUCGUCUCAAGAAAUGUCAAUGCGAAAGCGAGUUAUCAGAAAUGAGAACGCUGAAAAACCGAUUACUGUAAAAAGUGAAGAAGUGACUAUUGGAAAAGAAAUAUAUAAGCCAGAAAUUCGGCUUCAUUGAAAAUGAUACCGUGUGGCCUUGUUAUAGCGUUCGGUGUCACGACCUCGAGCCUCACUAAGGCCGCAAUGACAUCUUUUUAAAUGCUGACAUAAUAUUUUAUAAUGUUCUAUAGCAUUCUUUUUAUUUCUACUUCCCGUCUUUUUGCUUACUCGUCUUAUCUUUAUGCAAUUUACAGACACGGGAAAACGAGAGCUAAUAAUGAUUUUGAUAAUAUUUUCUUUAAGAAAAGAAAACAUUGUGAGAGAGGAUGUUCGGCGAAUAACGCGCGUUCGGGAAAAGUGUGACAACAUUACAUGAUUACAUCAUAUUAUCAAUUAAAUUUGUGAAUAAACUUGAAAACGGAUAAAUCGUACUUACA